GUUUUAGUCAAAUUUGAUGACACGUUGACAGUGACAUUAUCAAUAACCUUUGAAAAUGUAUUGAAAGCAGAUUGUGGGCCAAUUUUCUUUUCUAAACGUUCCUAAAAAGAGUCAAGAUGAAAAAGUAUAUGCUCAGUGUGAUCCUGAUUCUGCCCCUAAUAUUCUACUAUGUGGACAGCCAGGCAAGGAAACCGGGAUCUUCGUUGGGCGAUAGAGUGCAACAACUCACAGAUCUAUCCAAUAAAAAGCCUGUCUUGAGAUUUAACGCAAACAAGUUCCGGGACUUUGUAAAAGCCACCCCGAGGAAUUAUUCUGUUGUGGUGAUGUUUACCGCUUUAGCUCAGCAAAGGCAAUGCAUGGUCUGCAGGCAGGCAAGCGAUGAGUUUUCGGUGGUUGCAAACUCAUUCAAAUACUCGCCAGGGUUUAGCAACAAACUCUUCUUCGCUAUGGUGGAUUUCGAUGAAGGCUCCGAUGUUUUCCAAACGAUGAAAAUCAACACGGCCCCAGUGUUCGUGCAUUUCCCUCCUAAAGGCAAACCAAAGGCUGCCGACACGAUGGACAUUCAAAGGGUUGGAUUUGGAGCUGACGCCAUCGCCAGAUGGAUUAAUGAGAGGGCCGACAUUCAGAUUCGCAUUUUCCGACCUCCUAACUACUCGGGAACAUUCUCGCUGAUGCUCCUCUUCGCAUUCAUCGGCGGGUUUGUGUAUAUUCGCAGAAACAACCUGGAAUUUUUGUACAAUAAAACAAUGUGGGGUGUUUGGGCCCUGUUGUUCUGCUUUGCGAUGACUUCAGGCCAAAUGUGGAAUCACAUUAGAGGGCCGCCGUUUAUGCAUCGGAAUCAAAACGGCCAAACCGCCUACAUCCAUGGAAGCUCACAAGGGCAGUUUGUGGUAGAAACUUACAUCGUGAUGCUGAUGAAUGCUGCCGUUGUUGUGGGUAUAAUAUUCAUGACUGAGGCUGCCAAAGGCAAGGGCGACGCGAAAAGGCGCAAAUUUUUGGCAAUUUUCGGACUGAUAUUAAUUUCAGUGUUUUUCUCUGCGCUGCUGUCGGUUUUCAGGUCCAAAACCCAUGGUUAUCCUUACAGUCUCCUUUUCUAGCUUCUUGCUUCGUUAGAGCAAGCAGAGGAGUUGAAGUCUGGCAUUUUUUCGCCUGCCAACACAGUAAUAAUUUAUACAUUUGUAAUUCAAGUAUGUAUGUUAAUAAAGUGUUUUCUUUGUUUA